ACACCGGGGUCGGGGGACGCAGGACCGGCUACAGAUACCAAACCUGCACCGCAGCAGGAUCUGCAGCAAGUGCAGCGCAGACAGCGCAAACCCAAGCGCUCCAUUGUGAUUGAUUGUGAGCGGAAGAUCACAUGCUGCAAAGGUACUCACCCCGACGUGGCCUUGUUUUUCAUACAUGGAGUCGGGGGGUCGUUGGAUAUCUGGGGAAGCCAACUGGACUAUUUCUCCCAACUUGGUUAUGAGGUCAUUGCCCUGGACCUGGCCGGCCAUGGUACAAGUUCAGCUCCUCAGAUUCCCGCUGCCUAUACCUUUUAUGCUCUGGCUGAGGAUGUUAGAAUCAUCUUCAAGCGAUAUGCAAAGAGGCGGAAUAUUUUAGUAGGACACUCUUAUGGUGUCUCGUUUUGUACCUUCCUGGCUCAUGAGUAUCCGGAACAAGUUCAUAAAGUUGUGAUGAUUAACGGUGGAGGUCCCACAGCACUCGAGCCAAGUCUCUGCUCUGUCUUCAAUUUGCCCACAUGUGUCCUUAAUUUCCUGUCUCCGUGCCUCACCUGGAGCUUUCUCAUGGCUGGAUUUGCCCAUCAGGGAACGAGAGAAAAGAAA